AUGACAAUAAAUUUUAGCACAUUGUCUAAUAAAGCUUCAAAUGUUUGUGCAAAGAAUGCUAAUAAUUCAAACAAUAAAGUUGUUCGUUCGGUUGAUAGUAAAUCUGUUUUGCCACAUCUGAAGCCAUCAGAUAUUUCUGUUGGGAUCAUUUCAAACAGUAGCUCAACAGACAAUAGUAGUAAAAUAUCACUCCCUAAUCAUAAUGACUCAUCACUAUCCUCAACAUCUUCCACGUCCACCUUAACAAAUGUCAAAAAAGUUAAGCAGUCAAGUGGAAUUGUUUUUAAAGCCCCCAAAACAAAUCAAUCGUCAUGGUUAUUGAGGUUGUUCGAGUCCAAAUUGUUCGACAUGCCUAUUGCCAUACAGUACUUGUUUAACUCAAAAGAACCAGGAGUGCAAUCUUAUAUUGGCAAUCGAAUGUUUUCGUUUGACCACAAGCUGGUCGACUUCUACCUACCACAACUCCUGACUAUGUACAUAUACAUGCACGAUGUCGCUGAGGUUUUGCAUCCUUAUCUUGUUUACAGAUGUCGCAACAGCAUCUCGUUCAGCUUGACAGUAGCCUGGUUGUUGGGAGCAUUUUCACCGGAAGUCUCCAAGCCCAACUGGAAGAAUUCUCAGGGACCAAAAUUGAGGAAGAUGAUAUUAGCAGAGGAGUUGAGGUUUAUUUGUUCAUCAACUCAACAACAAGAUGAUGAAAACGUCGCAACUCCAACUAACAACGUCACUGCAACAACUCAAAUUCUCUCCUCCACAUCAACCUCAUCAUCGUCAACAAUUACAUCGAUCAACCGAAAAAUUCACCAAAGAUCUUGGUCAGAUGCUUCAGGCUUGAUGUUAGCUUCCAUGCACAGCAAUGCAACAGCCAACACAAACAUCAUCGGUGACUUGAGCACGGGUCGUGCCUUCCACAGUGGAUGCACAUGCAACCACCAACAGCAUCCACAACUUCAAAACAGCUCGUUGUCUGGUGCAGAGAGUGGCAUAACAGAUUUGGUGGGUGAAGGAUGGGUUGAUCAGUGCAGGUGUGGAGCACCUCGACUACAACCUCAGCUUGAAUUUGUCAAUGCACUCAUGAACAUCGGCAAGAAGCUCUCCACUUUGCCAACGAAGGAGGCUCGAACAACGAGGUUGAUAGCGGAGUUGUCAUUGUUGAAUUUGAACCUACCGUCUCGUGUUUGCCUGCCCAUUCAUGAGAGGUGCGAUCAUUUGGUUGUUCGCAUCCCACACACUCAGGCUGUUGUUCUGAAUUCCAAAGAAAGGGCCCCAUAUCUGAUAUACGUGGAAGUCCUUGAAUGCGAGAAUGUCUACGUAGCUCCCCUUCCAAAUAAAAUGUUUCAAAAUUCAUCUCCAUCCUCAAACUCUUCACUCAGUCGAUCCAGCGACGACCUUUCAAAGACCGCAACAAUAUCAACAACGACAACAACUACAAACACGUCUGCAGGUGCAACGACAACAGCUGUUAGCGCAACUUCUUCAUCCACUACGACCACAGAAUCAGCUGAUAAAUCUUCAAAGCCUGACAUGAUCAUUCCUUAUUACAUGGGCCUCUCUGAGUUCGAUGACAACGAGUGCUGGUCCCAAGAAGAUGAUGACAUCAUACAGCAAUUCCACAUGAAGUCAAAAUGUUCCCUGGACACGAUAUCGCAAUUCUCCAUCGAUAGUUCAGCCUCAACAGAUAACAAGGAAUCAUUGUACAUUGCCGCCAGUGACAUUAGGAAGAGAUUGUCUGAGAGUAUUAAUACUCCUCGAAAAAAAUUUGAGCGAGAUCCUGAAGACCCGUCGGCAGCGGCAAUGAAGGAACCUUGGGAAGAGAAGGUGAACAGGAUCCGAGAUAACUCACCAUAUGGACAUCUGUCCAACUGGAAACUUCUGCCGGUCAUCAUCAAAUGUGGCGAUGAUUUGAGGCAGGAGUUGUUGGCCUACCAAUUUCUUACUAAACUUAAGAUGAUCUGGGAGAAGGAGCAUCUGGCACUGUGGUUGCGGCCAUACAGGAUCCUGGUGACAUCAAGUGACAGUGGCAUGAUUGAACCCGUACUCAACGCGAUAUCCGUGCAUCAGGUCAAGAAGAACAGUCAGAUGUCACUCUUGGAUUAUUUCGUCCACGAGUUUGGACCUGUGACGUCAGAGGAGUUUCUGCAGGCGCAGCACAAUUUCGUGCAAAGUUGUGCCGGCUAUUCACUUGUUUGCUAUCUGCUGCAAGUUAAAGACAGACACAAUGGAAACAUCUUACUUGAUUGCCACGGACACAUCAUACACAUCGACUUUGGCUUCAUACUCUCUAUAUCUCCUGGCAAGAAUCUGGGAUUCGAGACAUCUGCAUUCAAACUGACCAGAGAGUUUGUGGAGGUUGUCAUGGGUGGUCUGCAUAGCGACAUGUUUGAGUAUUAUAAGAUCCUGAUGCUGCAAGGAUUGGUGGCUGCUCGAAAACAAAUGGAUGAACUCGUUCCUCUCAUCGAAAUUAUGCAGUCAGGUUCUCAGCUGCCAUGCUUCGGACGAGGAGCGUCCACGAUAAAGGGCCUGAGGGAUCGCUUCCACAUGAAUCUGACGGAGGAACAACUGCAACUACAAAUUGAUAGCAUGGUCGACUCCAGCAUCAACUCGCUGACUACCAAACUCUACGACAACUUUCAAUACUACACCAAUGGCAUUCUCUAA